AGUCAAUUGCGGAGGCUCCCCUCCAGCUCCCCUUCCUCGUCUCCGCUCGCCCGCUCUCCGGUCCCCAGCCCGGCCUCGCCCGUCCGCGCGCUGCCGCCCUCGCCCGUCCUCGCCCGUCCCCGCACGGCCUCGGUUCUUGCUUGGUUGCGACGGGGUGGAGGUGCUCGACUCCCCCAGCGGCGAGGUCCUUCUAGACGUCCUCUCCCACUGCCUCUCCUCCGGCUUCGACUUCCUUCUCGCCCCACUGGUUGGUGCUCUAUUGCUCCGGUUGACCCCAGCGAGGUAGCGGUCCACGCCCGGCGCGUCGGACCUCGUCCUCGGCCCGUCCCAGUGGAGCACCCACAUCGUCGGAAGCGCAGCGAGGAUCGAUUUGGACGCGGACGACGAACGGCUCCGGCUGGAUUCCGCGCUCACGCUGAAGCAGGAGAUCCCCUGGGCGUUUCAUCUCUCACUACAGCGCUAAAACGACUACAGAAUUCAGGUUUGUAUGAUGUUUCUAGAAGUAUCCUUUUUCCCCCUUUGAUGAUCAUGGCUAAAAACUCAAAAGGUUUAUCAAUAAAGUACAUGCAUGGAAGAAUGCGUCUACAUACGCUUACGGCUAAGCUGGGUUCUCUCCUCGUUAAUAUUUAUGGAUAACCUGAUGGGUCGACAUGUAUAGAAACUUUUACUGGUGAUCUUUGAGUACUCUUGCUCCGUCGAUGAUGAUUCUGGCAGCAACAGCCAUGGCAGCAGCACUGCUGCUGGUGUUGCACCUUAUUUCUUCGAUAGCAGCUCAGGUCGGAAGUUCAGGCCCAGCACCGGAAUGCCCGACCACCUGCGGCGACGUGAUCAUGCCGUACCCGUUUGGCACCCGCGCUGGCUGCUUCCUCCCUGGAUUCAACCUCACCUGCGACCAAACGCGACAGCCGCCGAAGCUGCUGUUUGGCGAGGACAGCACCCUCCAGAUCGUGGAGAUCUCACUCAUCGACGCCACGGUGCGUGCUGUGGAUACCGCUGGUGCUGUGAACAUCACCAACUUUACUGCAGAUCAUGAGGGCAACGGCACGUGGGAUCGUCUCGGCUCUGGCAGGGGCAGCACGUUCGUCCUCUCCGAGCAGCGCAACCAGUUCGUUGUCAUGGGGUGCAACGUCCAGGGGACUCUGCUCAGGAGCAGCAGCAACAUCAUCAUUGGCUGCUCCUCUUUCUGCUCUAUCAGAGACAUGUGGACAAACCCCGUGGUAAGCACAAGCACCCCUGGCAAUAACAGCACGGCCGCGUGCACCGGUGUUGGCUGCUGCCAGACGCCCAUCCCCAUCGGCCGCCCUUCCUACACGGUAAAAUUCAAGAUCCUUGAUGUCGAGUACACUGAAAUUCUACCCAAUGCGGUGCGCAUCGCCGAGAGGGGUUGGUUUGAUACCGUUGCCUCCAAGAUGCUGAACAAGUCAGCGACGGCCGAAGAAGAGAACCGGGCUCCGGUUCCGGUGGUGCUGGAGUGGGCGGUGAAGUCCAACCUGGUGGUACCACCGAUAUCCUCCGGCGAUGCCACCAACUCAUCCUGCCCCACGGAUGCUGUUGGGACUGCCUGCCGCAGCAGCCACAGCACCUGCCACAGCGUCACCAACAACUAUCGAACUGGCUACGUGUGCCAGUGCCAGCACGGGUACGCUGGCAACCCGUACCUCGCUGGAGAUGGCGGAUGCCAAGAUAUCGAUGAGUGCGCAUUGCCAGGGAAAUGCUUCGGCGUGUGUACGAACACGGCUGGAUCGUAUGAGUGUCGGUGUCCGCGCGGUGCUCGUGGUAACCCGCACAUAGCAGAUGCCUGUGUCAAAUCUUCUCUAGGGUUAAGCAUUGGCCUUGGACUUGGCAGUGGUGCUGGUCUUUUGGUCCUGGUACUUGGUGCUGCGUUUGUGAGUCUUAGGAUUAAGCAUCGUAGGGCAAGAUUGCUGAAGCAGAAGUUCUUCAAGCAGAAUCGUGGACAUUUGUUGCAACAAUUGGUAUGUCAGAACACAGACAUUGCUGAGAGGAUGAUUAUCCCACUGGUAGAGCUAGAGAAGGCCACAAACAAUUUUGACAAAGCUCGGGAACUUGGUGGAGGAGGGCAUGGUACUGUCUACAAGGGGAUCUUAUCAGACCUGCAUGUUGUUGCAAUUAAAAAAGCAAAGGUGGCCAUUCAAAGGGAGAUUGACGAAUUCAUAAAUGAGGUAGCCAUUCUCUCACAAGUCAACCAUCGAAAUGUCGUAAGACUUUUUGGAUGCUGCCUUGAGACAGAAGUGCCACUAUUAGUAUAUGAAUUCAUUUCAGAUGGAACACUUUACCAUCAUCUUCAUGUUGAAGGACCAACAUCGUUGCCAUGGGUGCACCGGCUAAGAAUAGCAACAGAAACCGCUAGAGCCCUUGCCUACCUUCACAUGGCAGUGUCCUUCCCCAUAAUCCAUAGGGAUGUAAAGUCUCAUAACAUUCUAUUAGAUGGCUCCCUACUAACAGCUAAAGUGUCCGACUUUGGAGCUUCAAGGUGUAUUGCACCAGAUCAAACUGGGAUUACAACUGCCAUCCAAGGAACUCUAGGAUACCUAGACCCUAUGUAUUACUACACUGGAAGACUCACUGAGAAGAGCGAUGUCUAUAGCUUUGGCGUUGUUCUUAUAGAGCUGCUCACUAGAAAGAAACCUUACUCGUACAGAUCACAUGAGGAUGAUAGCCUCAUUGCACAUUUUACUGCCUUGCUGGAACAAGGCAAGUUAUCUGAUAUAUUAGAUCCUCAGGUUAUAGAUGAGGGAGGCAAAGAAGUAAGUGACGUUGCUGCAUUAGCAGCUACAUGCAUCAAGCUAAAGGCAGAGGACCGUCCAACCAUGAGACAGGUGGAGAUGACCCUUGAAAGCAUGUUAGGCUUACUACAGCGGGUUAUGCUGCAUAGUGUGGAUACAACAAUAUCCAAGAGAAAACAGGAAGAGGGUGGAAGCAAUGAAGAAUCAAGUAGGCAGUACAGUCUUGAAGAGGAGUACCUGUUAUCCUCAAGGUACCCCCGUUAGUUGUGAAAUUGAAUCAACAAGAAAGGUUCAUGCGUGGUAGAUGAGCCUAAAUAAAAUCUUAUUUGAUUAUUUGGAUAGAUAAAACGAAACAUUGUGUUGUUAAUGUAUUAGUAUACAUUCAUCUGAAUCUAUAUAUGUUUUAUAGAAAAAAAUAUAUUUAGACCCCGCUUUUCAGUGUGUCAAAUUCUCAAUCCAGGCAUAUAUAUUGUUUAGACUCGGCCCUUGAAUUCUCAUGUUGUAAAAGAUAUAUAAAAUUGGGUCUACUCUCAUUUUCUA